CAUCACACAACGACUGUUGAUAGGAUAUAAUCACAGGUCUACUUCAUUACACUAGCUGUUCAAAUCAGAUCAAAAGAUGGCUGUACCCCCAGGCGGACUACAGGAGAUAUGCUUCUCCUUUGACACAACUGGUUCCAUGUAUAGCUGUCUGGACGAAGUUCGUGGACGUAUCCAGGAUAUGAUCCAACGUCUCCAGGCUGACAUUCCCGGUAUCAGGAUCGCUGUCUUCGCUCACGGCGACUACUGUGACAGAAACAACUACAUUACUAAACACAUCGACUUCUCCACCGACGUGGCGACGCUGUGUAAAUGGGUUAAUGACGUAGGUAGGACAGGCGGCGGCGACGCAGACGAAUGUUAUGAGCUGGUUCUGCACGAGGUCCAGAGUCUGAAUUGGACGCCGGGAUCACAGAGGGCGCUAGUCAUGCUUGGGGACAACAACCCCCAUGAACCUGGAUAUCCACAAAACAAGAAGAAAUUGAAUUGGAGGACAGAGGCAGACAACCUUUCAAAAAUGGGUGUCCGAAUUUAUUCGGUCCAAUGUCAAGAUUACUCGGGUGCAGACCACUUCUAUAAAACCAUAGCCGAGAAAACUGAUGGCCAUUACCUCAAACUCGCACAAUUCACCAAUAUAUUUGAUUUCAUCAUGUCGAUCUGCUACAGAGAAAAGGGCGCAGAAUUUUUACAGGAUUACGAGAAGGAAGUGAGGGCGAGAGAAGCCACCGGCGGUAUUCACAAAGAUUUGGAUACGCUUUUCGGAGUUCUCCGGCGGGCUGAUAGUAGCCGUGACGACACAAAGAUGGACACAACGGUAACUACUGCGCCAAAAACUUUGCGUCUGAUCAAGCCGCCGUCCCUCACAAAAGUCCCAUCUUUGACAAGCAUGAAGAAAAAACUAGGGAAAACUUCAUUGACGUCCAAACGCACACGGAUAGGAAGGAAAGCUCGUACAGAAAUGAAGAAAGAAACUUCACAGAAGCCGAGAAGAGAAACCGUAUCUGAGUCUAACUUUGCUCUUUCCGGCCGAAAGUGGAGCAAUUGGCAAACAUGUCUGUCAUGUGAUAAGACUGAUAGCGACUUGUGGGAGAAAAGAAAUGGCGGCCAUCUUGGCUUCAGGAGGAAACAAAUCUUUGAUGGGAAACUGACAAGACCCACUAUUUACGAAUUCUCAGUUCAAACAACCCCGGCCACAAAAGGCAUAUAGUACUCCAAACUUUGUCAUGGAAUGACCUCGCCAGACAAAUGGGAACAUCGUCUGCUUGGACAGAAAGACAUUCGGGGCCAAGUUGAGGACAUCCUCUCUAAAGGCUGUUCUGUGGCUGUGAGGAGACUGAAACUCGUCAACCGAAAAACAAGCAAAUCUAAGGCAAUUAAUUCCGUACGUUGCUAUGACUACGCCUGGCGUCGACACGGCGGUCUGCGGACGACACACCGACCUGUGGUUAAAGGGUCAGUCCAGAUCUCAAACGAUGUCUUCUGAAUAAAGAAGUCUUCAUGUAAUGUGGUAUGGAAGACAAUAUUGUGCAAUAUUGUGUUGACAUGAGUAUGUGAACUCGAAUGUCGACAACUUACCAUAUUCCUUAUUAUUGUAAAUAUGGAGAUAGAUUCACAACUUCCUUGUUAAAUGUUUUAUGAAUUAGAUUCGUUUUCUUCAUUGACCACACCUUAUCAUCCCAUAGACGACUUCAAUCGCGCUUCAUUCAUGGUGCAUCUCAUAUAUAUAUUUGUAAAUUGAUUACCAUUUAUUUGUUGUAAUAUAUAAAUAAAAAACUUAAGCUAUUGA